CCAUCAACGCGGCGCUCGUGGGGCGCAUCAUCCGCGUGGACCACGCGGGCGAGUACGGCGCGAACCGCAUCUACGCGGGGCAGAUGGCGGUGCUGGGCCGGUCGGCGGUGGGGCCGCUCAUCCAGCAAAUGUGGAAUCAAGAAAAAGAGCAUCUGAAGAAAUUUAAUGAGCUGAUGGUUGCAUACAGAGUUCGACCGACUGUGUUACUGCCUAUCUGGAAUGUAGCAGGCUUUGUUUUAGGAGCUGGAAGUGCCUUGCUGGGAAAGAAAGGUGCAAUGGCUUGCACGGUGGCYGUGGAGGAGAGCAUAUCCGACCACUAUAACAACCAGAUCAGAGCUCUUAUGGAGGAAGAUCCAGAAAAAUACAUAGAAUUAUUGCAGGUAAUAAAGCAGUUUCGGGAUGAUGAACUGGAGCACCAUGACAUUGGGCUAGAACACAACGCAGAGUCAGCACCAGCUUAUUCAGUUUUGAAGACAGCUAUACAGCUUGGAUGCAAAGCUGCUAUAUUUUUAUCAGAAAGAAUUUAGUGAUAUUUUCCAUAGUGAUUGUGGUAAUAAAAUAUGACAUAAAAAUGUGUGCAAUUGUGGAAGACUGUUAGUAAUUUUAUACGGACUUUAAAAUUUCAUCAAGCAUCUGAUUAGGCCAUCCUUUCUCAUAUCAGCUAACCUUGCAGUAAUGUGCAUUAAAGUCGGUGGAACUAAGUGUGAGUGAAGAUGGCAGAAAUGGGUCCAUAUGAACUAAAGCUCUUUAUUCUGAAACUGUUCACAAGGUGGCAGUAGAAAUACAUGUAUGCAAAUCAUGUUUAUGCCUAUAUAAAAAUGGUAAAUGCCUUCUCAUUUAUAUUUAUUUGAAGUAAGCUGAAGCUUAUUACCUUAAGGUAGUUAUACUAAGUAGAACAUUUCUGAGUUCUGCUUUAAGGGUAAGUAAAUGAAAUCUUAUUAUUUAUUUUCAGUCUGUCUUGAAUAAAGUUUGGUUAAGACUUUCAUUUGAAAGUUUUUUUUUUUUUAAUUUGUAAGCUCAAUUCUUUAUUCCUUGUUUAAUCUGAUUUUCUGUUUACCUGAUUUUGUCCUGAGGGUGUGCAGAAGGAACAGACCCAUGAUAUAAAGCAGAUGGGCAGAUAUUUGGAGCAUCUGCAGAAUUGCAUCUACUAUUUUGUUACACCUUUUAAGAUUCUUUUUGCAUCUAGACUUAAGUGGCUCYUUUUCAAGAAUAAGGACUCUGGCCUUCUCAGUCUAGGAACAAUUUUGCCAUAUUCCUUGUUGACAUCUUGGAGCAAUAAAAAUACACUGUCUUGUGUAUCUGCUCUCCUAACAAUGACCAAAGAUGACAAGAUACAAUUAAAACAGCAGUGUAAUUAGUUAGCCUUAAACUGGUAGGGCAUGAGACUUCCCUCAAAAUGUUUUUGAGACACUGGGGAUACAGACUGUUAAUGAUUCCAAGCAGGCAGAGAGAAGGUUUGGGUUUUGACUCCUUUUGCUAUUAUUUUAAAACAUGAUUAAACUUGUAGGGAGGUAAGAAUUACUAAAUUUGCUUCUGUCUUCUAGACCUGCUACACCAUUUUUGAGUUGGAGACAUGGACACAAUUUCCAGUGCAGAAAGGGACAGCGUUCAAGAAACCCAUUGCUUCUGUUGCUCUUUAUGUCUUAAAAACUUCCUGGCCGUUCUUUCCUACCGCGUCAUGAUGAAAGCAAAAUGACUUAAAUGUAUAUGGAGAAUAUAGAAGGUGCUGAUAUAUAAAGUCCCUGCAAAAGGCUUGCAUCUUAUAGUUAAGAAGUAUGAUUUUUGAUUGUGCCAAGGGAAG